AAUUCUCUGUAGUAACUCAGAUCCCACCCCCAUCUAACAUCUCAUCACAGACCACUGGGCAUACCUGCUGAUAAUCAAAUGUAUACAUCUGGGAACAAAAAAUGCAGCCCAUACUUGCAGGAUGGGAGAGACUAUCCCAGGAAGCAAUGAUGCUGAAAAAAACUUGAGUCAUGGCAGAUAAUCAGUUGAACAUAAGCUCUCAAUGCGAAGUUGUGCCCAAAAGGGCUGAAAUGAUCCUUGGAGGCAUAAACAGAGGAAUCUUGAAUAAGAGUAAAGAAGUUAUUUUUCCUCUGAAUAUGGCACUCAUGUGAGCACUCCUGGAAUACUGUGUCCAGAUCAGGUGUCCACAAUUCAAGAAGGAUGCUGAUAAACUAGAGAGGAUUCAGAGAAGAGUCACAAGAAUUAUCAAAGGAUUGGAACAUAUACCUUUAGUGAUAGACUCAAGGAGCUCAAUCUAUUUAGCUUUACAAAGAAGGUUAAGGAAUGACUUGAGGACAGUCUAUAACUACUCACAUGGGGAACAAAUUUUGAUAAUGGGUUCUUCACAUUAGCAAACAAAGGUAUAACAAGAUUCAAUGAGGAAAAAUGAAGCUAGACUCAUUCAGACUGGUGAAAAAGCACAAGAAAUUUCUUCUGGACAUACUGAUCAGGGCCUUAAAUGACACUUCCAGUUCUGAAGUCAUUGGCGAGAGCAUGAAAGCACUGGCCAAAGUCCUGAAGGAGCUGAAAGAGAAGGACAUCGGUUCUUCCUUCAGAGACCUUACCCAACAGAUCUGGACCUACUUUGACAGUGUAUAUGAACAGAACUCUCCAACCCCAGUUCAACCAAUCUUGAUUAGACUCCAUUUACAAUGCAUGAUGUGGACUCCCUGGGCAUUGCUCAUAACCUCAAAGAAAAAGGAUGAUGCUCUUUGUUCAUUGGCCUUUGUCCUAUUUGGCAUCCUGGCCCGCUUGACAAAGAGAAAAUGGAAGGCCUAUUUCGCCGACCAGGUUAGACAGAGCUGGGUCACACUUCUGCUGCACCUGCAAGACCCAAACCCCGAGGUUUCAAUGGUAAGACCAACAGUGACUUAUUUACUAAGCAAAAGGAAUCUUCCUCCCAAUGCCAGGGGAGCUCUGCUAUUCCUGCCUGCUGUGGAGGCCCAAAUUCUCCCCUCAGUUCAUUGCCCUCCUGCCGAGUCAGUUCCAGCCAGGUUGGUUCAUGGCUGCCUCACCAGAAUCCAGGAUAGGUUAUGGGUCUGACCCCGACAGGUCUCUAUUCCUGACUGUCUCUACACCCCAGGCCCCUGCCUCCCCAGAACAGAGGAGAGACCACAGCUAUGUCUGGUGAAGCAGCUUUCAUAGGUAUAUCUGUUCCAAAAAGACAUUGAUGCUACCUCCAGGUUUCAGUGGAAGCUCUCCCCUCUAUUAGUCAUUCCUGCAUGCAGGGCCGGUGCAACCAUUUAGACGACCUAGGCGGUUGCCUAGGGCACUAGGAUUUGGGGGGCACCAUUUUCUUCGGCAGCGACCGCGGCCCAGUCGCCGCCGGCAUUUAGGCGG